CAUUUGAACGAGCUAGAGGGGUGUGUCGUCCAAGCCACCAAGUUCCGCUUCUGUGUGGAUCCUGGAAGAGAUUUUGGGAUAUAAAAUCAAGGAACUCUGUUAUGCAGCACUUUUGAGUUAAUCUCGUGAAUGUCAUCAACUUCGUGACACAUUAAUUAGCCCCAUGUUCUAAUCACGCGCAAACAAGAGAGAGAGAGUACUUGUGUCUCACUGCAACCUCAAAAUAAUUCCUCACCCAGUCUCUCUGUCACUUCUACCGGUAGCGCGAGCCACACAACGCAGCCAUGGCCGGCGACGAUCAGCGUGCGCUACAGUAUGAACAAACUUUGAUGUAUGGUCGCUACACACAGGAGUUGGGGGCGUAUGCUAAAGAAGAGGCAGCUCGUCUGAGGGAGGAGGGGGGUUGGAGGCGCUCUGUCAAAGACCACUCACGCUCCCUGGAACUUCUGGAGUACGACAGGGGCCGCUGUGCCAAGUGUCGCAUCUGUACGGUGCGCUGCCAGAAGUUCCUCAUCUCUCGUGUCGGUGAAGACUGGAUCUUCCUCAUCCUCCUGGGUCUAUUCAUGGCUCUGGUCAGCUGGGUGGUCGACUUCGCUAUUGCCAUCUGUCUACAAGCACAGAAGUGGAUGUACGGAGGACUGGAGAGUAAUGUGUUUCUCCAGUACCUAGCCUGGGUCACCUACCCUGUGGUGCUCAUCACCUUCUCAGCUGGCUUCACACAGAUACUGGCCCCACAGGCCGUAGGUUCAGGUAUCCCAGAGAUGAAGACCAUUCUGAGGGGUGUAGUGCUGAAAGAAUACCUCACCUUUAAAACCUUUGUUGCCAAAGUCAUCGGUCUCACCUGUGCCCUGGGCAGUGGCAUGCCUCUGGGCAAGGAGGGUCCGUUUGUUCACAUUGCCAGUCUGUGUGCUGCACUCCUCAGCAAAUUCAUGUCUCUGUUUGGUGGAAUCUACGAGAAUGAGUCGAGAAACAUUGAGAUGUUGGCAGCUGCCUGUGCUGUGGGGGUGGGCUGCUGUUUCGCUGCCCCUAUAGGAGGUGUGCUGUUCAGUAUUGAGGUAACGUCUACGUUCUUUGCGGUGAGGAAUUACUGGAGAGGGUUCUUCGCUGCCACCUUCAGUGCCUUCAUCUUCAGAGUCCUGGCCGUGUGGAAUAGAGACGAGGAGACCAUCACAGCUCUGUUUAAAACCCGUUUCCGUCUGGACUUCCCCUUUGACCUCCAGGAGCUCCCAGCCUUCGCUGUCAUUGGUAUUGCCAGUGGUUUUGGCGGGGCAUUGUUUGUCUACCUGAACAGAUUGAUAGUGCAGUUCAUCAGGAAACAGAAGACCAUCAACAAGUUCCUCAUGAAGAAGCGUCUUCUGUACCCAGCCCUGGUCACUCUGCUGGUGUCUACGCUAACCUUUCCCCCUGGCUUCGGACAGUUCAUGGCAGGCAAGCUUACCCAGAAGGAGUCUCUGGUGACGUUGCUAGAUAACAGGACAUGGGCCAAGCAGGGCAUAGCCGAGGGGUUUGACUACAUCGGCAACUCCCAGGCCUGGAAUCACCCCCAGGUCAACGUCUUUGUUACCCUCGUCCUCUUCAUCGUCAUGAAGUUCUGGAUGUCUGCUCUGGCUACCACCAUCCCUGUGCCCUGUGGAGCCUUCAUGCCUGUCUUCGUCAUUGGGGCAGCGUUUGGCCGUCUGGUCGGGGAGAGCAUGGCCGCCUGGUUCCCUGAUGGCAUCCACUCUGAUGGCACCAUCUACCCCAUAGUGCCAGGAGGGUACGCCGUCGUGGGUGCGGCGGCCCUGUCUGGAGCGGUGACCCACACAGUAUCGACGGCGGUCAUUGUGUUUGAGCUGACGGGUCAGAUCAGCCACAUCCUGCCGGUGAUGAUAGCGGUGAUACUGGCCAACGCCGUGGCCCAGUCCCUCCAGCCCUCGUUAUAUGACUCCAUCAUCAGGAUCAAGAAACUACCGUACCUCCCUGAGCUGGGCUGGGGACACCACGAGAAGUAUAAUAUUUGUGUGGAGGACAUCAUGAUCAGGGAUGUGAUGUACAUCACCCUCAACUGCUGCUACAGAGACCUGCAUGAUGUACUGCUGACUGGACACCUCAAGACCCUAGCCCUGCUCGAGUCCAGUGAGUCGAUGAUCCUGCUGGGUUCUAUUGAGCGUGCCCAGCUCCAGGCCCUCCUGUCCCUACAGCUGGGCCGGCCACGGAGGCUAGAGUACCUGAGAGACCGGGCUACUGCUGAGAAGAAGCGCCUGUCGAUGGUCUCCCACCCGGGCAGCGAGGAUGGCUCCCAAAGGGUUAACCAGGAGGUUCGGUUCCAGAUCUCCACAGAGGAGUCUUCCUUCAGUUCCACCCCUACCCUCUCCAUGAAGCCACUGAAGCCGGCCCUGAAGAGACCCUCUGUGGUGGACCGCCCUCCUGAUAUACCCAUGCCCACAAGUCCACAGGACCACUCUGGCAACACCUUAAAGAAUCUCUUCUGUGUCAACCCUGAGACAGAAGGCCUGGAGGAUGACUUCGAUGUGGAUGAUGACAUGACCAUCAGAGAGAUUGCAGAGUGGGAGGAGAACCAGCUUGACGAGCAGGUGAACUUUGACAACUGCAAGAUCGACCCCGCCCCCUUCCAACUGGUGGAGCGCACCUCACUACAUAAGACCCACACCAUCUUUUCUCUGCUGGGGUUGGACCAUGCCUACGUCACCAGCAUUGGACGACUCAUCGGAGUGGUGUCCCUCAAAGAGCUGCAGAAGGCCAUCGAGGGCUCUGUGGCAGUGAAGGGGGUGAAAGUGCGCCCCCCUCUGGCCAGUUUCCGGGACAGUGGCACCAGCGGCAGCAGCAGCAGCAAUAGCGAGAACGAAGCCACAGAGCUCCACAAGCUGUGGGACCGUCACAAAUCCAUGUCCCUCCCCCGGGAGCACCUGGCCUCCGACUCUGACGAGAAGUCCCAGUGAGGGGGAUGGGGACAGAUUUUUGGGAGAGGUAUAUUGGAUGGGGAUUGGGACAGGUUAAUGUAGACAGGUAUAUUACCGAGGAGUAGGAUGAGCGUUGACCCCCCCCCCACUUAAAAACCACUACCGAUGCUGCAACCGCAUAGCUUGGAUCAAUAUUUAAUUCUGGAAUAUAGAGUUCUCACUUCCUCUUCUUCCUCUCCUUGCCUUCCUCUCCAUCCCUCUCUCCUUUACCCCUCCUCCGGGUGGGCCUUUGGGUCCGGCACUUAUUCAACUCUUAUGGAGGAGGGAUUGACUCACCACAGAUUGGACCCUGCUCUCCACUAGGCUUGGGGGGGCCCACAACAGAAUAGAUCUGUGUGUUAGGGAGGGGAGAGGAGUUAAGGUGUCACUGCUUAACACAGUUUGUCAGAACAAAAUGUAUAGAAUGUGUUUUGACUGUAAAAGGGAUUGCAUUUUAUUUUUUUGCCAACUUUGGUAUUGGUGAGGAAAUGUUCAGUUUGUUUGCAUUUUGUGGACCAGUAAACGUUUCUUUCUGACCAGUCUUCCAUAUGCAGACGGUUCAACAGUGACAAGAAGAUAGGCUUGUGUACCGGUAUGGAUGUGAGUGUAUGUAUUGAGUGCAUGGACGCAUUGGUUGGUAUGUAUUUACACGAAGAAAGUAGCGAAACCAACCACCUGCUUUAAUUCCUUUGUGAUUUGAAUCUUCUUAUCAGACACAUUUCAGUCUUAUCAUUUCAGCAGUGUUCUAGUUUGUUCCCAUCUGUUUUAGUGACCUGGAACUGGAAAUAAGUAGCCUAGUGGUUAGAGCAUUGGGCCAGUAACCGAAAGGUCGCUGGUUCUAAUACCCGAGGCAACAAGGUGAAAAAUCUGUAUCUUU